AUUUCUAAAAACUAGUCCAAGUAUAACAAUCGGGCGGGUUGUUACGCCUCCGUUACCUGAUCUCGUGUUUUCCCGGCGCCCACCACCGCGCCACAUAUAAAGUCCCCGCGUGGUUUCACUCGUCACAUUCGUAAACUUGCUACCGAAAAGCGUACUCCUUGUUUCGGUUUUUAGUGUGGUGCUUUAGUGGUUCGAAGAGAAAAUGACCUUCAAGGUAACAAUAAUAGCCCUGGCGCUGGUGGCGUGCGCGCACUGUCGGAUGUUCACAUACAUUCGGCCCUCUGAAUCUAAGUCCGUGGCGACCGUGCAGCGCGCGCAGCCUCGCCUGGGCUUCGAGCACCACGUCUCCGAGGAUGAACACGUCGACUAUUAUGCGUAUCCAAAAUACGUCUUCAAAUAUGGGGUGAACGACUUCCACACUGGUGAUAUCAAAACUCAUCACGAGAGCCGCGAUGGUGACGUAGUCAAAGGGCAAUACACAGUCGUGGAGCCAGACGGUUCCCUGCGCACUGUGGACUACACGGCCGACAAACACAACGGGUUCAACGCGGUCGUGCACAAGACCGCGCCCAUCUCCCAGCACGAAGCCGCCCUCCUACACCAUCACUAGCAUUUAGAUUAGUUCAUAACUUACUUGUGUCAACGCAGGAAGAAUAAUGUUGCUUGAGAAUUUACUAUUUCCAAUUAUGCCAUUGGAAAAUAAAUAAAACUGUAGUGCUCCAGUGUUGGCUGAGUGGAUCAUGUGGCUCAUAUUAAAAGUUACGACGGGAUACCUAUUGUAUGUACUUAAUAUUUACAAUUUUAGCAUGUUAAAGUUAAUGAACGAUCAUGUUAAAUGUAAAAUAUAAGAGGGACUGCAUUCGUUGUAACUGUUUGGUCAGAUACGAGUGUCUUGGUUAAGCAAUACGCAUCCGCCUACUCACACCUGCGUUGAUUUAAGUUGACUUUACUAAUUUACGAGUAAUGAAAAACAAACGAACAUUGUUGACAAUUGCUAAAUUCUUAAUGAAUUUAUUGGAUACGAUCUCUCAUAGUCGUACUGUGUCUCAGAAGGCCUUAUUCUCGAUUUUGCUAAGUUUGUAAGUGUUACUGUUAUUUAAAUCUAGGUUAUUGUUGAUUAGAUUUAGGUAUUUUUUUACACUUCUCUUUAGGAGAAAUAUUAAUUAUUCUUGUUUUUAUUUAUAUUUUAUUCUGAUAAAUUUCACAAGAUGUACCUGAUGUUUAUAACUAACUCUAGACUAACUAGAUUUUUAAAUAUAUAUGAGCAAGUACAGUUUGCAUUAAAAGAAGUAUCUGUCAUUCUCUGAUAGCUU